AUGGUAACGCAGUUUCAGGAGUUCGAAAAUCCAGUUCAAAUUAGUCCUCGCCACAGCUGCACAUCGUCAGGAUUUGUCAUGGAAAUGAUGAGCAGGAAGCCCGCUAAAGGUGUCCUAGCAGAACCAGCGGAAGGUCCUCUGGGACAGAAUCUAGAAGUGGAACCAUACUCACAAUACAACAGUGUUCAGUUUCCCCAAGUUCAACCACAGAUUUCCUCGUCAUCCUAUUAUUCCAACCUGGGCUUCUACCCCCAGCAGCCUGAAGAGUGGUACUCUCCUGGAAUUUAUGAACUCAGGCGAGUGCCAGCUGAAACGCUCUACCAGGAAGAGACUGAGGUAACAGAGAUUCCUGUAACAAAGAAGGCUCGACUGGGUGCGUCAGCAGGGAGAAUAAAAGGGGAUGAGCUAUGUGUUGUCUGUGGAGACAGAGCAUCUGGAUACCAUUAUAAUGCACUGACUUGUGAGGGGUGCAAAGGUUUCUUCAGGAGAAGCAUUACCAAAAACGCCGUGUACAAGUGUAAAAACGGGGGCAACUGUGUGAUGGACAUGUACAUGCGAAGGAAGUGCCAAGAGUGUCGACUAAGGAAAUGCAAAGAGAUGGGAAUGUUGGCUGAAUGUAUGUAUACAGGCUUGUUAACUGAAAUUCAGUGUAAAUCUAAACGACUGAGAAAAAACGUGAAGCAGCAUGCAGAUCAGACCAUUAAUGAAGACAGCGAAGCACGUGACUUGCGACAAGUGACUUCGACAACUAAGUCAUGCAGGGAGAAAACUGAACUCACCCCAGAUCAACAGAAUCUUCUACAUUAUAUUAUGGACUCAUAUAGCAAACAGAGAAUGCCUCAGGAAAUAACAAAUAAAAUCUUAAAAGAAGAAUUCAGUGCAGAAGAAAAUUUUCUCAUUUUAACUGAAAUGGCUACCAAUCAUGUACAGAUUCUUGUAGAAUUCACAAAAAAAUUGCCAGGAUUUCAGACAUUGGACCAUGAAGAUCAGAUUGCUUUGCUGAAAGGGUCUGCAGUUGAAGCUAUGUUCCUCCGUUCUGCUGAGAUUUUCAAUAAGAAACUUCCAGCUGGACAUGCUGAUGUAUUAGAAGAAAGAAUUCGAAAGAGUGGUAUCUCUGACGAAUACAUAACACCUAUGUUUAGUUUUUAUAAAAGUGUGGCAGAAUUGAAAAUGACUCAAGAAGAGUAUGCUCUGCUUACAGCAAUUGUUAUCCUCUCUCCAGACAGACAAUAUAUAAAGGAUAGAGAAGCAGUAGAGAAGCUUCAGGAGCCACUGCUUGAUGUGUUACAAAAGUUGUGCAAGAUCCAUCAGCCUGAAAACCCUCAACAUUUCGCCUGUCUCCUGGGUCGCCUGACUGAACUGCGGACAUUCAACCAUCACCAUGCAGAGAUGCUGAUGUCAUGGAGAGUGAAUGACCACAAAUUCACCCCACUCCUCUGUGAAAUCUGGGAUGUGCAGUGAUGAGCAUCAUAGGGGAAGGGUCUAACCUGUUAUUUUCCUCAUAACACAAAUCUGAUGUAUAACUUUCCUUUACUUCAUUUGCACUUUGUUUCACACAAGAAUUUUGAUGAAUAUUUAUGUAGUAAUUAUAUAACAUCCACGAUUGUAAAUAUGGGGCUAGAUAAAAUUACUUUCUCUACAUUGUAUUUUGCAAGGCUUCAGGGAAUCAUUCAUUCUAAUUGGCAUGCCCUGUUUGCCUAAUUAAAUUUAUCAUUAUUUCAAGUCUAUCUGUUGAAAUAGGGAAAAUCUCAUUUUGCUCUUCAUUUUACUUUAUUGCAUAUAUUUUAUUAGAGUUGUGUUCAACUUUGGCAAUAAACCGAACAUAAUGGCAACAGGGUUUUCUUUGGGAACAAAAUUUGAAAAAUAUACAAACUCUUAUUUCUUUAAAUGAUGAGUGACAUCCUAUUGAGCCCCAGGGGGUAAUUUACAAAAAGAUAAACUCUCACAACAUGAAUGGUGCUUUUCUCAUCUUUGGAGAAGCCCUGGUGAAUAGCCGUUUAUUUGUAAUAGCCCUCUGAUCAUUUCAUUUUCUUUGAAGUUCAAAGAGAAUAGUGUACAGAAAAGUUAAUGAUUCUCACAUAAAAUAUCCCCUCAAACAAUCCCUUUUCAUAAUUAGGGUCUUGAGGCAGCAUUUACAAAUUCACAGCAUGCAGAUAACUCCAGUGAUAGGACAUUCCCUUUGCUCUCUUAGAAGGGCUCACUAUUGGCUUCAGUGCAUAUAAUUAAUCAUUUUUUUGUUUGUUUUGUUUUGCUUUUGGAAAACACUCCUACAGCUGUGUGCACAGCUGUUAUAUACUUCCCCCAAAGCAGGAAUUAGUUCAUUUCCUUCCUUCAUUGUUAUACUGUUGCAUUCUUCUCCCCAUUAUCCUUUGCUGAAUACAAUAAAAUACCUUCUAUAAGUAA